GUGUAUGACAUACAGGCUUGGAACUGGCAGCACAUCAAAACAUUUCAUGCACCUUAUAAAAAGUUAAUAUCUAGCUUUGAUAUCCAUCGCAAGUUACCUUAUCUCGCCGGAUGCUUUGAGGGAGAGGUGGAUUUUGAGGGAGAUGUAUUCUUUGAGGACAGCGAUAUUUUUUUGUGGAAUUGGGACAGGGGUUGGGAGGAGGUAGCAGCAUUUGAAGGUCAUAAUAUUUCUGUUGAAUAUGAUGUGAAAUUUCAUCCAACGGAGUCGUUAAUUUUUGCAAUUGUUUCAUGCGAUCGGACAAUCAAGAUCUGGGAUAUGGAAAAGAGGUGUGCUUUAAGAACCCUGAAGGAUCCCAACAUGAAUACACCUUACAUAUUGGACUUUUGCUGUGACCACAACAAGGAGUCCCUGCUCGUCACAGGGCAUAGCGGUGGCGAAUUGAGAGUGUGGGACUAUCAAAGAGGAGAGUGUAAAGCCAAGCUUUCUUGUCAAUUCAGUUUCUCUGUAGAUUCAUGCUUCUUUCACCCAAACUUGCCGUACAUCUUCUCUGUAAGCUAUUGCCACAAUGGCAUAGAACUUUGGAGUGAGUCCACCUAUCAGCACGUGCUGUUUGAAAAGAAUCCCGGAAUUGAAUGUCCUUGCAUAAUAGUGCCUUGCAGACACUCGAAUCUGAUAAUCAUUGGAGGUAGGGGAGGAUUCGCAGUCCUCGAGGUGGUCACAAGUGGAAAGGAAAAGAAGAAGGUGGAACAAAAGCAGAGGUCGAGAUUGCUUUCUUUGGAGAAGCAAGUUAACGACCAAAUGCGGAAAGAGGCAGUCCAUGCCAAGUCUGAAUGGAAGAGGCAAAUGGAGAGAAAAGAGGCAACCAAUAGGGAGCAGGAAUCCUCAAAAGCCCUCGAAAAACUGAAAUCGGAGCACCAGACCAUGGAGAGGAAAUGGAAGCUGAGGAUCGAAGAGUUGGAGCAGAAAUUGGGAAAACAAGAGGGCUCAGGAGAAGUAAGGGAGUACUCUUACAAGGAGCUUCAGGAUGCGACCGAUAAUUUUGCCAUCACAUGCGAGUUUGGGGAUCAUGGGGAUCAAAAUGGAAGUAAUACUAUUUACCGCGGGAAACUAUGCGAGGUUACCGCAAUCACAGUGAAGCAGCUCGGCGGCACGGAGGAUGGGCCCAAGCUUCAUCCCUCCGAGUUCCGGACAAAAGUCGUCGACAGGUUGAAGGCGCUGAGGCAUCCCCAUUUACUCACUCUAUUGGGAGUCUGUUACGAGGAGAAGUGUCUCGUUUAUGAGCACAUGGAAAACGGAAGCGUCAAGGACUGCAUCACCUGUGGAGAGGGGCAAGGAAGAAGGGUUUUGCCGUGGUACGUUCGCUUCCGCGUUAUGGCAGAGGUCGCCCGCGCGGUGUGCUUCCUUCACUCGACUACACCUGCCACAGGUGGUCCAAUCAUCCACCGUGCCAUCAAGCCGGCAAACAUUUUCCUGGACGAAAGCUUCGCCGCCAAGCUCGGUGAGGUGGAUCAGGCGUUGCUUGUCUCCGAUCAGACACGAGGAGUGCAGAGAGGGCAUGGGGCUCGAGAAACUUCCGUGCGGCUUGUCCUGGGAAGUAACUCUCAGUACAUAGCCCCAGAGUAUUUUCAGUGCGGCGUCCUGAAUGAGAAGACGGACAUCUACGCGUUGGGUAUCACUCUCUUGGAGAUGCUGACCGGGAAGUUCUGGAACGCACUCGGCAUCAUAGAGGACGCUAUUGAAGACGAGGCAGCUUUCAAGAAUGCUCUCGACCCGAAUGCGGGCUGCUGGGAUAUUGCUCUUGCUCGGGAAAUCGCCAACUUGGGGCUGAGCUGCGCCAGUUCCAGUAAGCGUUGUCGACCAAACAAGGUGUCCGAUGGGAUUCUGCUGGUGCUUGAGCAAGUUGCCCAGAAGGUGGCUCUCACAGACUGUCUUGAGGACGCAUAAGCCAAGGAGUCCCAGGGGCCGGAGAUGUGUCCGCAGCCUGACUGAUGAUGUUCCGUCGCAUGGCUUUGACUUUUUUGAUAUUUUUCUUCUCAAUGUUAAGUAAACAAUAACUAGUUCC